GUCGUGUGUAUGCUUCUUAUUUCAUGAAGAAUUAAUUGCAGUCAACUCCAACCACUCAUUCGUCAUUUGUAAUUGUUUAAAAUAUAUAACGUUUAGCAUUGCGGACUGAUAUUUCUACACGAGUAUGGAGUGUUUUAUGAGUACCAAACAUGGGCGGGAAGCAGUCGUUUCCGAUGGUGCAGAUACCGAAAGGCAGAACGUUCGUGGUAACAGGCGCAUCCAGAGGUAUCGGUUAUGAGACUACUAAGUGGAUUGCCAUGAUGGGCGGCACCGUGGUAAUGGCCUGCCGCUCCCAAGACGCUGCCGUACAGGCAAUGCGGCGCAUGAAUAAAGAGUACAAGGAGUUGAAGUCAAGGGGGGAAACACCAGGACUAGUGGACGUGGAGGAGUUAUCACUGUACUUCAUGCCCCUGGAUCUUUCGUCCCUGCAGUCCACUAAGGAGUUUGUACACACCUACAGAGAGUCAGGCCGGCCCCUGCACGUCCUGGUGUGCAACGCGGGGGUGGUGAAAGCCAUUCCAGAGAAAACAGACGACGGCUUUGAGAGCAUGCUACAGGUAAAUUACCUGAGUCACUUCCUACUGGUAGGUCUCCUACUGCCGAUGAUGAAGAACGCCGCGGCCGAUGAUGAUAUACGCGUUGUCAUGGUUUCCAGUGACGCACAUAGGAUGUGCAAGUUUGAUUUAGAAACAAUUGAUUAUUCCGGUGAACCAGAAAAGUUCGGUUACUUUGAUUAUUAUGGACGCUCAAAACUCUAUCAGAUCAUGCAAGCUCACUGUCUACGACGUCGGUUGCGGAACACAGGUAUCACCGUCAGUGCCGUGCACCCCGGAAUGGUGGAGACGGACAUUGGCCGGGAAUUCCUAGACAACAAAAUGUGGCAGCUGUUCGUUUCCUUUAAUAGACUAAUAGGUAUGCUGCAGUGUCCGUAUGACGGGGCGCGGACGGUGAUUGACCUUGCCGUUAACCCUGCCCUGCAAGGGGCGCCCGCCGUCUACUACAAGAACUGUAGCCCUGGUGGUUCCUCCGCGGCCGCCAGGAACGAGGUACACCAAGAGGCUUUGUGGACGUGGACGAUGGAAACAUUAAAAGACCAUUUCAAAGAGGAUGAAGUAUACUGUUUGGAGGGAGCUGAUCCUGUCUGACUUUAGUGAAAGACGUGUGACCUUGUAACCAAAUGUGUGUGACCUUGUCAUACCUUGAGUGAAAAGCGUGUGACCUUGUAACCAAAUGUAUGACCUUGUCAUACCUUGAGUGAAAAGCCUGUGACCUUGUAACCAAAUGUACGACCUUGUCAGACCUUGAGUGAAAAGCCUGUGACCUUGUAACCAAAUAUAUGACCUUGUCAUACCUUGAGUGAAAAGCCUGUGACCUUGUAACCAAAUAUAUGACCUUGUCAUACCUUGAGUGAAAAGCGUGUGACCUUGUAACCAAAUAUAUGACCUUGUCAAACCUUGAGUGAAAAGCCUGUGACCUUGUAACCAAAUAUAUGACCUUGUCAUACCUUGAGUGAAAAGCGUGUGACCUUGUAACCAAAUGUAUGACCUUGCCAUACCUUGAGUGAAAAGCGUGUGACCUUGUAACCAAAUGUAUGACCUUGUCAUACCUUGAAUGAAAAGCCUGUGACCUUGUAACCAAAUAUAUGACCUUGUCAGACAUUGAGUGAAAAGCGUGUGACCUUGUAUGAAACAUGUGUAGCCUAAUGUAUGAAAUCUAGUGACAUUGUGUAGAUUGUAUGCAAAAAAAAGUGACCUCGUAGGUCUAAAAAACCAUGACAUUGUGUAGAUUGUGUGCAGAAUGACAUUGUGUAAAAAUGUGGCAUAUCAGUUUGAGUGACAAAUAACAUUCUGCUGUUACUAGGCAAUGUUGGAAGUCUAAUGGAUUUCAUUUAAUUCCUGUUAGCGUAUGAGACUCCUUCUACAUUCUGUGAUAUUUAUGCGGCAUGGGAACUCGUAUUACAUUUCGUGAUUUUCACAUAAUAAUAGAUAUACAUUUGUUACAAAGGGAGGUAAAAAGUGCAGCAUGGUUUCAGUAUCGCACAUCCGUAGUUAUGCCUCCUAUAAGUAUUGUGCUGCUACUUAAAGGAAAUAACACUUAACGACAAUCAAGCAUAAGAACUUAUAUUGAUCGAUACACAUAGUACAUUUUAAAAGUAUACUCGCACAAAAUCGUCAUGCCGUUCACCUGCAAAGAACAGUUUUAAUGAAGGACAAUCAUUAAUUGCGAAAUAUCAUUAAAAUAUGCUACUAGUAUGUAUAUAUAUACAUUAUUAUACAUGUUUAAUAAUGAUAAUAAUGAUAAUAAUAAUAAUAAUGGGUGAAUUGCUAUAAAUAUAAAAAAGAAAUGAAAGUGUAUUUAUACCUAUUGUUAAAAUAAUGAAAUGUAAAAUGCAACUCUUGAGAUCACUAUUAAGUGAACAAAUAAAAUAAC